UACACUGCUGUGUGUAAGCCUCACGCCACUUGACAUACUGUAAUGCUCUGGGUGGGUCUAUGGAACUUUGCUCUGUUCCAAAGCUGCUUAUGCUACCGUGGUUGUGUGUGUGUGGGGAGAGGGAGAGGGAGCGAGACAGUCUACACACAUACGUCUACAGGAAGCACCAGCACUAGUUACAAAGUUUGAAAGCUGUUGACUCUGCCAUCUCUUGGAUCCCUCCGAGUUGAAAACCUACUGCACACAAUGCCGUCUUUUGAUGAGGUUUUAAAAGAAGCUGGGGAAUUUGGAAGGUACCAAAAGAGGGUCUUUUUCCUCCUUUGCCAGACAGGCAUAACUUUUUCUUUUCUAUUUGUUGGAGUGGUCUUUCUUGGGCACGCACCAGAGCACUAUUGGUGCAGGAUCCCUGGUGCAGCUGAAUUAAGUGAGAGAUGUGGAUGGACCCUUGAAGAGGAACAAAAUUAUACUGUGCCAGCUCCGAACCUGGAGAACAGGUUUUCCAGUGGCCAGUGUGAGAGGUUUGACAUAGAGUGGAAUAACACCUCUGUGAGCUGUGUCAACCCACUGUCCCACUUUACUAAUCGCAGCCUGGGCAACGUGGCGCUUACUCCAUGCCGGGAUGGCUGGGUAUAUAAACAAUCCCACUCAACGAUCAUCAGUGAGUAUAAUCUUGUGUGUGCCAAUGCCUGGAUGCUAGAUCUAACACAAGCUGUUCUCAAUAUGGGGUUUCUGACAGGAGCAUUCACUCUAGGCUAUGCUGCAGACAGAUAUGGCAGAAUCCAUGUUUACCUCUACUCCUGCCUUGGAGUAGGCUUAUGUGGCCUUGUUGUCGCAUUUGCACCAAAUUUUUACGUAUUUUUGAUCUUUCGCUUCCUACAAGGUGUAUUUGGAAAGGGAACCUGGAUGACAGCCUAUGUUAUUGUGACAGAAAUAGUUGGCUCAGAUCAGCGAAGGAUUGUUGGAAUUGUGAUACAGAUGUUCUUCACCCUUGGAAUAAUGAUUCUUCCUGGAAUUGCUUAUCUGGUUCCCACAUGGCAGGGGAUUCAGCUGGCCAUAACGCUCCCCAAUUUUCUUUUCCUGCUGUAUUACUGGGCAGUUCCUGAAUCUCCACGCUGGCUGCUGACACGCAAAAAAGGAGAAAAGGCAUUAAACAUUAUGCACACCAUUGCCAAGCACAAUGGGAAAUAUCUCUCACCGUAUUACUCUGAGAUCACAGUUACAGAUGAAGAGGUUAGUAAUCCAUCAUUUCUCGAUCUGGUUAGAACUCCCCAUAUGAGAAAAUACACGUUGAUUCUAAUGUAUGCCUGGUUUACAAGUGCCCUGAUUUACCAAGGGCUUGUUAUGCGCCUAGGAAUUAUAGGAGGAAACCUCUACCUAGACUUUUUCAUCUCCGGAGCUGUGGAAUUACCUGCAGCUCUCUUGAUUUUACUGACAAUCGAUCGAAUUGGCCGACGCCUUCCAUUUGCCAUAAGCAACAUAGUGGCGGGAGUGGCAUGCUUAAUUACUGCAUUCUUACCAGAAGAUAUCCCGUGGUUGAAAACCACAGUAGCCACCCUGGGAAGACUGGGAAUCACCAUGGCUUUUGAAAUUGUGUAUCUUGUGAACAGUGAAUUGUAUCCUACAACAUUAAGAAACUUUGGUGUUUCCCUGUGUUCGAGUUUGUGUGACAUAGGGGGUAUCAUAGCCCCAUUUCUUCUCUUCCGAUUAGCAGCCAUCUGGAUGGAGCUACCUCUAAUCAUCUUUAGUAAGAAAUCAUUUAAAAUGCAACCUUGGAUAGAGUAUUUCUUUUUCAAAGAGACUGUUCCGUGCAUAAGAGACAUACUUUACUUACAGUACUGCAGGCUGGGAAAGUGCUGCUUUAUUCAGCAACAUAACAAACACAGUGGGGAAAACACCCACUAAAUAAAGAGGAAAUAAGGGAAGGGUGGAAGCAUGGCUACCAUCCACAAUAUUGUGAAUAAUCCAGUUAAUCCCUUGAUGACCACUUUAUUACAACUUGUUUUUAAUCUGUGUACUAACACAGCUUCUUUUCUUGGGAAGAGUUUUAUUGCAUGACCUAUCUUUCCCCAAAUACAUCAUCUCCAUCCUCAUUGGCCGGCACAGAUGACCUAAGUGCAAAGGGGAGCUGUGUUGCAUCCUUUCAAUGAUGGUGGUUACAUCAGCUUGCGCACCACACACAUGGAGCUCCAGGAGGCAUUCCAGCUGAGUCCCACUGCAUUUGUAUCCUUCCAAAGGUCUAAGCCCCCUCUAAGGAAGACCCCUCAAAAGCCAUUAAAAAUGUGUUUACUGAUCAAAACAGAGCACUUGCAGCAAUGGGUUUCUAACAUUUUCGGGAUAGUUUUCAUAGGCGACUACCUUUCAUCAGACCAAAUAAACAAAGGGCCACAUUCUCUGCUGUUGGAAGUUAGUAUAGCUCUAUCAAAGUCAACAGAGUAGAUCUGGCCAAAAAGGUGUUUUCCAUGUUAUCUCCCACUUAAGGUCCUGCUUUGUGGGAACAUAGGAAUUGCCAUACUGGUUCAGAACAGUGAUCCAUGUAGUCCAGUAUCCUGUUACCAAAAGGGGUCAGUACCAGAUGCUUCAAAGUUAGGUGCAAGAAACCCCGCAGCUGGAUAAUCUGGUCACAUGGAAUUUUCCUGCUGACUUCCAGGUUGAUUUACUCCCUAGUGCAUGAGGAUUUAUAACCCUUCCAAAAAAUCGUGUUUAAUUUGUUCUAACUCUAGAUAUUCUUGUUAUUCAUAUAAAUAUCUAAUCUUUUUUUUCCCCGAUGAGCUCUUGGUCUCAGUGGUGUCUUGUGACAAUGAGUUCCACAGGCUAAUUGUGUGAGCAAAGUAUUUCCUUUUGUUAGGAAAUCCUGAGUCUGAAGGCUAAAUCAUGUUUUUCUGAAGAGAAACAUGAUGAGGAAAGAGCAGGAGGGACAGAACAUAGAAAAAGAAAGAGAGGUGGAGAAAGAGGAUUUGAAAUACAAAGUAAAAAAGAGAGAAGAAAAGAAAUUUAUUUUUCAAAUUAAUAUUAUUCCAGCCAUAGCAGUAUCCAGAUGUUCUAGUUUACACCUUUGUAUUCAGAAUUUCUGCUGCACUCUGAAGACCUGAUCCUCAACAACAUUGUGUAACUGGGUGUAAAAUUAUUAUCUGUAUUUUCAUCAGGCCUAGGAGCCCCAGUCAUUGACCAGGACCCCACUGUGCUAGGUGUUGUACAAACACAGGACAAAAAAACAGUCCCUGCCCCCAAAAAUUUUACAAUCAGCAUGGUAACAUUUCACACUUACUUUCCAAAAAUGUAAAUGACCAAAUGAGAACAAGGCAGGGGAGAAACGGGCCUUCAGCUUUUACUUAGUGUUUUGGGAGCAACUUCAGCUCUUUCUACCCUUUUCUUAUUUUGUACCACAAAACUGUCCUGAGAAUGAGAAAAAUGGCAAACCAGUUUUGGUUCUUGUUUUUUUUUUUCUUCAA